GUGCACUGCAGCCAUUCCAUAAUCAAAUCAUCCAUCCAUUCUCCCUCCCCAAACACAGCCAGCCUUGUUGGGAUCCUCCCCUCCCCUCCACCUCCACGUUCCCGUCCCGUCCCGCCGGCCCGAGCACAUGGCGCGCCAUUCAUAAGCUCCCCGCCUCGGUUGACUCAACCGCCGUGCUGUACCUGUACCUGUAGCGCCGGGUGUUGGGGGUGGGUGGUUCGUCCGGUUGGUUGGCCGCUGGCGGUGAUCCAACGCCGCAUGCAAUGUCCGCGCUCCUUCCCUCGUCGUCGAGCGCGGUGCUAGCUAAGUGGUAGUAUAUAGUUUCGCUGCGUUGUCUCAUCUGAGCGAGGUGGAGGCCUGCGAGAUCCUCUGUAGAUUGCGUUCGAGCUUGGAGGAGGUUUGGCAAUGGGGAAGGCGGGGCGGUGGCUCAAGAGCAUCAUAGCCGGGAGGAAGGACGGCGGCGGCAAGAAGGCGCUGCCGCAGCAGCAGCAGGGUGACGCCACGCCGCUGCCGGGGGGCGCGAGCAGCAGCUCAAGGGAGAAGAAGCGGUGGAGCUUCCGCCGGCCAGCGCCGGUGGCGGCGACGGCGACGGCUCAGCAGGGGAAGGCGGUCUGCUUGGCGCCGUCCCCGCUGUCAACGUCCCUGGACCCGGCCGCAGCGGGGCUCGCCGGCGUGUCGGUGUCGGGGCGCGACCUCGACCAGAACGAGCACGCCGUCGCGGUGGCAGUGGCCGCGGCGGCGGCUGCCGACGCUGCGGUCAUGGCUGCCGCCGAGGCGGCGGCCGCGGUGGCGCGUCUGGCUGCGGCGGAGGACGAGAGCGACGUGUCGAUUCCCUGCGCCGUCGAGGACGCCGCCGCCGCCAGGAUCCAGGCCACAUUCAGAGGCUAUCUGGCGAGGAAGGCGCUGUGCGCGCUGCGCGGGCUGGUGAAGCUGCAGGCGCUGAUCCGGGGCCAGCUGGUGCGGCGGCAGGCCAACGCCACGCUCCGCCGCAUGCAGGCACUCGUCGACGCGCAGUCCCGCCUGCGGGCGCAGCGCGCGCGGAUGGCCGAUGCGGACCAUGUCGCCGCCUACCAACGCCGGUCGCCGCAGCACCCCAGGCGCCGCAGCUCCUACGAGAUGGACCGGUCCGGCGAGGAGCACGUGAAGAUCGUGGAGGUGGACAUCAGCGACCCGGCAGCGCGGCGCGGGCGGAGCAGCUGCUCGGCGGCGGCGACCGAGUCCAGGGAGCACCGCCUCUCAGAGUACUACUGCUACGGCGGCGGCGGCGUGCAGUGCUCGCCCGCGCCGUCGUCCGCGGCGUUCGGCGCGGAGCUGAGCCCGCAGCGCGCGUACAGCGGCCACUUCGACGACGCGUUCCCGUUCGCCGACCACGCGGCGACGGCGCGGAGCAGCCCGUACGUCUCGCCGUACCCGUACGACGCCGGCGCCGCCGCGGGCGCCGACGGGUACGGCGCGGUCCCGAGCUACAUGGCGAACACGGAGUCGUCCCGCGCCAAGGCGCGGUCCCAGAGCGCGCCGCGGCAGCGCACCGACGCGCCGGCGGCGGCGCUGGAGCGGCAGCCUAGCCGGCGCCGCAGCGGCGCGCCAAAGAAGAUGAUGCAGCGGUCGUCGUCGCACAUCGGCGUGCCGGCGGCGGCCGCGUUCGGGUACGGCUACGGCUACGGCUACGGGUACGGCUACGAGCCGCCGCAGCAGCAGCGGAACCCCUGGGCGGGCGUGAGGCUCGACCGGUCGAGCGCGUCGGUGGUGGGCAGCGAGUGCGGGUCCACGAGCUCCGUCCUCACCGCCGCCACCGUCGGCUACUGCCGCUCGCUCGUCGGAUUCGAGAGGGGGCACUACUGAAGCUGAAACAGCUUGCUGCAAGGAGUGAGAUGGCGACUCACCAAUGCGGCAAUACAAUGUAAUGCACAGUGUCAAGGAGUUGUUAACUUGGUUGUGGUGUUUGAAAGCACCUUGCAAAAUGUUGAGGAAAAUCCAUCUGUGUGGUGAUGGCCUUGUAUGGGGAUUCUUAGCUCUAGCUAUCUGCAUGUUUUUAAACAGGCAAGCGAUGUGUAAAUCCGUAAAUGUGAACACUGAUUGCCAAAGGUUUUCAGAUCGAGUGCAUUCCUCACCUUUUGAUGAA